CCCCGAUGUCUGUACAUAGCUUCAUCGCUCAUUUCUUGAAGGAAAAUGGAUACAAAGAGACACUACGCACAUUUGAGGCAGAGCACGGAAACAUCAUUCUGCCCGAGCUUCCGCACGAAGAAACCCUAGAAACAAUCAUUGCAGACCGCCUUAGGUAUCUCAGCAUAGAUCAGAAAAAUGGCCCUGAUUAUGACGAAGUUCUAAGUGAUGACUUACAGGCAGUGAAAAGUACACAGCUCAAGCCGUGGCUGGCGCCAUACCCGAAAACGCCGCUGGAAUUGGGCCCGGUCAGCGAGCUUAUAGUAGAUUGCGCAAUUCUAACACAGAAAACAGGGGAGUAUGCACUUCUAGCAACCUCGGCUAAAAGCCUAGUAGUAGCAGACCUCCGUACGAAAAAAGUGGUGCUGAAGAUCCAGGCUGUAAUCGGAAACGUGGUUGUUAGACGUAUAGUGGUGGCCGGAGACCUAGUUCUAUUAUGUGGCAUGAACGGCAAGGUCACCAGUGGUAGGCUUUCGGAAAACCUAUGUGGUUUUGACGCUCUAUCCGAAACACAAAUACAUCCCCGGUUAGUGACGGAUAUAAAGGUGGUCACGUGGCAUGGAGAGACAUAUGUGGUGAGCAUGGGCUGGGACUUCCACGUAAAGGUGCACGUGGUGGACAAGUCAGAUGGCUUCAAGUUGAAGCCUGUUGGUACGCCAUACAAAUUGGCCAAUCAAGGAAGCUGUUUGGAUGCCGUUGUAUACGAAAACAAGCUCUAUGUUCUAGUCUGCAAACGGGAGAUCACCCUCAUGGACGUUCUCUGUCUCAACGAGAAAGAAGCUUUCUACUUGGACUGCCGAUUAGCGCUAAACGACGCUGAGUUUUCGGCUUCGGGGUUUUCUCCCAUGUGCGUGAAAAUCUUUCAAGAGAACGAGGUGGCUUGCCCCCUUGUGGCCGUGGGCACAUCUCACGAACCACACAUGCGGGUGAUUGUGGUCCUGUUACGAGAAGUGGGCCAGAAAGAUGACCUGUUUAUUUUGCGAAAUCAGAUUCUUUGCAAUUUAAACACUUAUUCACCCCAGGACAAAUAUAGCGAUGCACAAAUCCAGUGGAGGUACGACGGAAGUGGGGUGUGGAUCAUUGGGGACGACGGGGUGAUUCGAGGCCUUGAUGUUUUUGAUAAAUCUGUCGACGUGAAGCUACAUGGACACGAUGGAAGAAUAAAAUGUGGGGCGUUCUAUGGGGAUAAAGUGCUUAGCUGUGGUACCGAUAGGAAGGUGAUCGAAUGGUCGUGAGUAGUAGGAAGAAAUUAGAGAAUGAUGAGGACUAAAUUAGAGAAAAGGAUAUGAUGUUUAUAGUCUUGGUCUUGCUUCAAACAUGCCAUGGGAAGCAUGAUAAACGAUGGGCGUUCUAAAUACAUGAAGUAGUACUGUGUUCUGGGCCGUGGAAACAGAGGGUUGCUUCCUGUAGAGCAGAUCCCAACAUCUGAAGAAUGAGGGGAAGAAUUAGAGAAAUACUGAGAGAAGCAUUAGAGAACUAAUUAGACGAUAUAUCAGAGGAAAAAAAAGAG